CGCCAGUAGACGCCCGACGGCAGCGCUGCCAACGCCGUGACGUCAGAAAAUACGCAAUUAUCGGGCCAAUCAUAAGUUUUAUCAGCACAAAUUCGUAUCUACAUGUUAGCAAUUUUAUCUGAAACUACUUUGGAAAAAAUGUGACAAAUGAUACUAGUGAUAGACACGUAAUGCCGCUGACGGUCUCGCCAUUGCUAUAAAAUGCUUACGUUAUUGUUGCGAACAAAAUGGAAGUUGGUGUUGUGAAGAUUGCAGAGGACAGUGACUUCACUACACUAAAAUACUUGGUGGAUACCCAUGAAGGUUGGAACCUGGAGUAUGAUACUGAUGGAAAAGCUGAUAAAACAAAGGUUUGGACAAAAAGUACGGCAGAAAGCCACUUUAAAAUGGUAAAAGUGCACUCAGUCUUCCAAAAUAUUAGUGCGAAUACAAUGUUUGAUGUGCUACACGAUCCAGAUUACAGGAAAAAAUGGGACGAACACAUGAUGGCAUCCAUUGAAAUUGGAUAUUUGAAUCCUAAUAACGAUGUCGGAUACUAUGCCUUAUCUUGUCCUCCGCCCGUAAAAAACAGGGAUUUUGUCCUUCAACGAUCAUGGUUGGACAUGGGUGAUGAGAAGUUAAUUAUUAACCAUUCGGUCCAUCAUAAAGACUACGCACCAAAAAAAGGAUUUAUACGAGCCAUAUCAUUCAUGACCGGUUUUGUAAUCCGGAAGUGUGAACACGGUUGUUUCCUGGGAUAUAUUUCGCAAACCGACCCUAAAGGUAAACUUCCCACUUGGUUAGUGAAUAAGAUAACUCAGAAGUUCGCGCCUAAGGUGGUAAAACAAUUAAAAAAAGCGGCCGAAGGGUAUGAAGCAUGGAAAGCUGAGCAAUCUGAUCCCGCAGAUAAGCCGUGGAUUUACCCGGAAUUGACUAUUGGUCGUCUUUCGAGGAUUAAGGCAACAGACUGUAUUGAUAUAGAAGCAAGUUCUGUUUUCGAAACCAAUGAAGAAAGCCAAGGAAAGAAAUAAAUUUUAGCAUAAGUUAUUUAGGUAUUUAUUUUUUAGAUAUGAAUUUUCAAAUUACAACGAUUUUGCAGUAUUGUAAGCCAAAAAAAAAACUAUCAAAUAACUAAUAAUUAUUUCAAAUACAAUAUUGUACGUUAUUUUUAUCUGCCUAAUAAUUUCGCUGUCUUCAAAAGUGAACGUAAAAAUCUACCUAUCGUAUCUGUGUUUGAGGCGGAUUCAUGAGAUAACUGUACGUAUUUUACAUAGGUUUAUGAAGGAUUACUAAAUCGAUCCAGGGAAUAUAUACAGAUGGCUUCAAAAAUUAUAGUUCAGUACCCUAAAAAGCAGAUAGCAUUAUUAAUAUUAUCAUUACAUGGGACCAUGUGGGACAUAGGAAAUCCCAUGCUUCAUAAAUACCCUAGUCUAGGGAGGAAUGUAGAAAUUAAAUUUAAGGAUUCUGUUUAUUGUGAGGAUAAAACUGAGUGGGUGAUACAAUUCCUAAUUUUAAUUACCUGAGGGGUGAAGGUACGUCACUCAGAUGGUUUUGUGUGGGGUUUUGAGAGAAAUUGUUUAAGAUAUCAUCCUACACGUGGGACUCUCCCUGUUAAGGAGUUCCUGGAAAUGCUUCUUCUACCUGGAGCUAACAGAAAUGGGAUAUUUGAGAAGCUUUUUCCUUUGGAGCUUUAUACCAGUUUUAGAGGGACCAUGUUGCUGCUGAGAGUUUCAAUUUGAUUGAAUUCGUAGUUUACCAUUUGUUUUUGAACAUUCAAGUUUUUGUAAUUUCAGCAUUCUUGUUCCUCUUCCGAUCUGUGACGUUCCGAUUUUUUUUAUUAUUCUGAUCGAACCAUUCCUGAGGUUUCCUCGUAAUGAAGUCUAAUUCUUGGCAGGCCGACAGCAUAGCUGUUUUAAGCAUUCACCCAGUGCUCUCUAAUUUCGUCGGGAUCUAGCAGACACUGGUACAUUACAGAUAGGACCAUUUGGUGGUCAAGCCACCAUUCAUUAGCUCUAGUUACUUUCACCUUACGCUCACGUUAGUCUUAGGCGCGCAAUAACGCAGUCGAUGAGAUGCCAGGGUUUGGCUAUCGUUGCCCUGUUGUUAUCAGUUUAUUCUUUUUACGAAAGAAAGUACUUGCCUGUCCGUUGGUCGUUUCUGCCGCCACGACUCCUAUCUCUAGAAAAAUAACUUUAUCUGAUCGAGGUAUGUAUGUUAGGAUUCUACCUGGAUGAUCUAUCUCUACUUCUUUGUAAUCGUCGAAAUCGAGAGUGGUUGCGUAUGUACUGAGUAUAGUGGCUUAUUGGUUGUUUACGAGCUCAAGACGGAGAGUCAUGAGUAUUUCGCUUAUCCUAGAAGGAAGCUCAUCAAUAUAAUCUAAGAGUUUUUCCUUCGAGGCCAUGUGGAUUCGAAGCUCAUUUUCAUAUUUUUUUUUUCCCCCAGAAGAAAAUGGCAUUAUGUUCUGUGAUUUGGCCUUCGCACGUCCUGUUUUACUUAGUGCAGCGAUACGAUGUUGUAUCUCUUCAGCGCACAUGACACAAUUGCCGUUCUUCAUUGUGGUCUGUCACUUUAAUGUUAGUUAGUGUUCAUGAGCGAGCAAACAUUCCAGAUGCUUAGUUUUCUGGAUUCUGUAACGUACCUUCUGAGCGCGGUAAUGGAGUGAGGGAAUGGUUAGACUCAUUAUGCUUAGCGCACCGUGUCUAUCCCCCUCCCUAUGCAGAGCGAGCUGAGAAGAUUCUGAAUGGGGCUCAGUCGCAGAUGCAGUAGAUAUAUUUGUAUGAGAACAGGUAUAUGAAUGUUACUGCUAAAAUAAACAGAGUAUCCAGGAUAAUCCCGAACUGAACUGCGAAUAAUCCGCUGCCGCUAAGAGUGAUUCGCGUUCGCAAAACGUGGCUCCUGACUUCCAGUGUGAAAUUGUAUAUUUUCCACCACGAAUUGAAUGGGUAAAGCAAAACUUUUGUCACUGCGAAUUAUUCGUAUCAGCAGGGAAGAAGCAGUCGCGUACAUAGAAUAGACCGCGCAAAAAAAAAAAAAACUUCCACCGCAUGUUGGUAAAUGGAAAUGCUCGAGAGUCUCAAAGGCAGAGGGGUUAAGCUAAUUGAUACUCGGAAGAUGUGAAUAUUUGUCCUGUUAUUGAACUGGCUAGACUGAUAGUAGCCACUUCUAAGAGGGGUUGUCGUGAGCUUGAAAAUACCUUUAAUGUGAGACAUUAUUCAACUCCGUUUUUAUUUAUCAAUUUUAAGGGGGCCAAAAGAGCGGCGAAUGGAAUCAAAAUUAGGUUAAAAUAAUAUGUACUUCUGGCAAAAUACUUAAUAACAGUUUGAAUAUGUUUAGGCGACGUCGAUUUAAAUUAAAUAUGUAAAAAAAUAUUGAGUUUGUUUUGGUUUAGAAUACCCACCCUGUAUCUUAUCAUGAACGAAAACCCAGUGCAAUUAUUAGUAUAAGUAUUAAUAUAGUAUAAUAUAUACAUGUUGACUUUUUUUCAAUAUAAACAUUUUUUAAUGUUGA